GUCCAACAGGUUGCCACCACUUUCUUGUUGUCUUUGGCUUGGCUGAGGAAAUUCACAACAAGAUUUGCAAACUGUGCAAACCUUGUAAGCUAUUACCCAGCCCACGGAACAUUUUUACGGGGUUUCUCGUUAGUUCGCGUUAGAGUUAACAGUGAGGCGUAGGUGUCCGACGAAGAUUCCAUUCCUAAAUGUCGGUUUCCUAAUUAUGUGGGCCGGCCAAAGCACGUUCGAGUGAUGGCCGGAGCUUUGGAGGGUGACCUUUUCAUCGGUUACGAGGCGGAAGAGCACAGGGGCCUGUUGGUCAUCAAGUACCCGAUGGAAAAUAGCAUCGUCACGUAUUUGAACGAUAUGGAGAGGAUUUGGCAAUACGUGUAUAGCAAAGAUCAGCUGCAAACUUUGCUGAAGAGCACCCCGUCCUCCUCACGGAAGCGACCCUCAAUCCGCACGGGAACGGAGAAGUCGGCCGAGAUAUUUUUUGAAACGCUCCAGCUUUGUUGUCGAUGCAGGCAGUUCUUUACUUCUAAAUAUGCAACUGGGAGGACGACGGGCGUGGUGCUGGACGCGGGGGAUGGUGUGACCCAUGCAGUGCCUAUUUACGAAGGUUUCGCCCUGCCACACAGCAUCAUGAGGGUGGAUUUAGCUGGGCGAGAUGUGACGAGAUAUCUGAGAUUUCUUCUACGCAAGGAAGGAAUCAAUUUUCGGACGUCGUCAGAGUUCGAAAUUGCACGAACGAUUAAGGAGCGAGAGUGUUACUUAUCUAUUCUGACCCGGAUGCGGAUAAACGAAUUUACAAGCUGCCAGACGGUACUCAGCUCGAUAUUGGUCAAGCUCGUUUCCCGAAGCCCUGUUUCGACCGGAUUUGAUCGGAGAAGGGUGUGAAGCUAUGCAUGAAGUUUUGCUGUUUUCCAUACAAAAGUCGGACACGGAAAAUUCUCUUUCAAGAUAUCGUACUAUCCAGUGGCUCGACUUUAUUUAAAGUAAUUCUUAAUCAACAAAUAUUCAAUUUUAGUAAUUAGUACAUCUUCAAACUAAUCAAUUAGGAAAUAUUCAAGUUAGUCAAUUAUCAAAUAAUCAAUUUAUUUAAACAGUUAGAAGAUAUUCAGAUUAGUCAACAUUAACAAAUAUUCAUGUUAAAUAAUUAGUAAACAUUCAGUUAGCAAAUAUUCAAAUUAAUCAAUGAACAAAAGACAGUUCCUAUUUAUAACUUGGU